UCAACCCAAAACAAAUCAAAACCAAACUACUAUUUCUCAUUUCUUUUCAUUACCAUUUCCAAAGCAAGUAAAAAAAAAAAGCAAAACAGCAAAUAUGAGCGCAACAAGCAGAGCUUGGAUUGUGGCAACAAGUAUUGGAGUUGUAGAGGCUUUGAAAGAUCAAGGCGUUUGUAGAUGGAAUUCUGCUUUGAGAUCAAUUCAACAUCAUGCAAAGAGCAAUAUCAGAUCUUAUUCACAAGCCCAGAAAAUCCCAAGUUCUCAUUAUUCAUCUGCAGUGGCUAAGAAGUUGAAAGAUGAGAAAUUGAAGCAAUCUGAGGAGUCUCUUAGAACAGUCAUGUAUUUGAGCUGUUGGGGUCCCAAUAAUUGAGUCCCCCCUUUUUUGUUUGUUUUGUAAUAUAUUUUUGGAUAUAUUAGUGAAAUAGAUGGUAUUGAUCAUAGAUUCAUGUGUUAUUA